AUGAGUAAUUUUUUGGGAAAUCUUAUUGAUACUCUGCUAAACAAUAAAGAACAUAAAUUGGAGAAUUUUAGUGACUUUAUUAAGAAAGAAAUAAGUGAUAUCGAAAAACAUUUGAUUGGCGAUGUGGAUUAGCUCAUUAGAUUGGAUAAAUACAUAUUUAUCAUUUUAUUGUUCUUAGGAAUUUUAAAUCUUAUUAUUUUAGGAUUUCUUAUUAGAUUAUAUCUUAGAUAUAAAAAGAAUACUGAAUAUAAUACACAAAUACAAUAUUCAAGAAUUCAAUAUGAUGGAAAUAUAUGA